GCUUUCAGUCUCCACCUGCAGGGGGAAAGCUUUACAAGUGAGGAAGCAAUGCUGUAAAUGUAUCUGUCUCUCUCCCUCUUUAUCUACCUUUUCUCUCUCAAUUUCUGGCUAUCUCUAUCUAAUAAAUAAAAAAAAAAUAGUUAAAAAAAAUUUUUUAAAAGGAUGCUAUUUGAUGUCUUCUCCUCCAACUCAGUAGAUCUCAGAAUGUUUUUGUUCCCAUGGCACACCAAUUCUCUGCUGUUAGACAUUCUGUGUAUGCCUAAUAAAGAAUUUAGUCCCUAUGGUUACUGUUUUCUCUUUUUCUACUGCUGUUCCAAGCUCAUGGCUGAGAGGUUGUUACUAAGAGCACUGAGUGGUGGAAAAUCCACUAAAAUUGUUACUUUGAAUGGGAAGAAGUUGAAAAAGAUGCCCUCAACAUUAGAAAGACUGCAAGGCCUGCAGACUCUAGACCUACAGAAUAACCUUAUUCUCAAUGUAUGCCCAGAGAUAAGCAGCUUGGUCCAGUUGACAGUGCUAAAUCUGGGAAACAACCUUUUACAAGAAGUUCCAGAAGAGGUGAAAUACCUUAGCUCUCUGAAGAAGCUUCAUUUAUUUGGGAACAGAAUUAGUAGAUUUGCAUCUGGAGUAUGUGAUGGCUUACAAAAUUUGGUUCUGCUUAAUUUGAACAACAAUCAGCUUACAUCUAUUCCUCCAGAAGUCAACAGAUUAAAAAGCCUCACAUUUUUGAGUAUAAAUUAUAACCAGCUGUCCAGCAUUCCUAGAGAACUUUGUUUGCUUAUAAAUCUUUCUGAAUUACAACUUAACUACAAUAAGAUAAUUUGCAUACCUGAAGAAAUUAAUUUCUUGAGGAAUCUCCAAAAGCUUUUUCUGAUUAGGAACAAAAUUGAAGUUUUGCCACAGGAACUUUGUGAUCUUGCUAACUUAAGAAUCCUAGACAUCGCUGGAAAUAAAAUUCAGAUAUUUCCACCAGGAUUUCAGAAACUGAAGUUGAAGGAGCUCCACUGUGAGGGGAACCCACUGUUCUUGAAGAAGCCUUUUAAAGCUGUCUUACAGGAUGACCUCUGCAGUUUACAGGAAAUAACAUCAAGAUUUAUAAUGAAUCAACUAAAUGAAAAGGAUCCUUACCUAAUGAAAGCCAUAGAAUAUUACCCACAGGUCAGGAAAAUAAUCUCUCAUGCAAGACCAUGUGCGAUAUGUGGAAAGCACUUUGUAACCAUGUGGUUGGAAUGUGUUGAAUUUGUUCCACCAUCAAAGAAAUGGAAGACAAACUACAAUCUACGGCUGGUACCUCUUCAAAAACUAGUUUGUUCUUACAAAUGUUUUAACCGUCGUGCCCCUAACACCUUUGGAAUUGCUCAAGCAUAGAGCAGGUGGGCAGCUUACUUAGAGCUUCCUGUGACUACUUUAAUCAACUCUGCAUACACUGUCAUAUUAUGCCCUUCUUAUGAUACUAUGCUAUCUCUCUUCUUUUUGUCAUUAAGUUUGACAAAUUAAGGAAAUAAUUUAAUUGUGAAGACUCCAGUUUAUGCACUGAAAUCUACCUUUAGUCUUAGACUCUGAGUGUGCUGUUU